GUUCAAUCAUAGGACCCAAUAUCGUAUGGAUGAGCAGUCUAUAUAAAUUAUGUCAUUGAGAUUCAUGUUUCAUACAUGGCUGUCAGCUGUCAUUAAAUAACAUAACCUCAAAAUGUUAUACGAUUUAAAAUUCGAUAUAAUUUUAUAAGUUUAUGGUGAAAAUUUAUCAUGUCGAAUAUAACUGAUGAAGAUGAAAGUGUUACGGGCCCAAUUGAAAACGCUUGGGACAUGAAAAUACCCGAAUUCAAACCACAAGACAACCCACAUGGAUUAUUAGAGGAGAGUAGUUUUGCGACAUUGUUUCCACAAUACAGAGAACAAUACUUGCGGCAAGUGUGGCCACUAGUUAAGAAAACUUUAGGAGAAUAUCAUAUAAAGGCAGAGCUAGAUGUUGUAGAAGGCAGCAUGACUGUAUAUACCACAAGACAAACAUGGGAUCCAUACAUUAUUAUUAAAGCAAGAGAUAUGAUCAAAUUAAUGUCCCGAAGUGUACCUUACGAGCAGGCAAAACGUGUAUUAGAAGAUAAUGUUGGUUGUGAUAUUAUCAAGAUAGGAAAGUUAACCAGAAAUAAGGAGAAAUUUGUUAAACGAAGACAAAGAUUAAUUGGUCCCAAUGGUUGUACCUUAAAAUCAAUUGAAAUUUUAACAAAUUGUUACGUUCUUGUACAAGGCCAAACUGUUUCCGCUCUAGGACCCUAUAAAGGCCUGCAACAAGUAAGAAAAAUUGUAGAGGAUACCAUGAAAAAUAUUCAUCCAAUAUACAAUAUCAAAGCUCUUAUGAUAAAGAAAGAAUUAGCUAAAGAUCCUAAACUUAAAAAUGAAAACUGGGAAAGAUUUUUACCCAAAUUUGUUAACAAAAAUAUCAGCAAACGUAAACAGCCUAAAAAGAAGAAACAGAAGAAAGCAUACACUCCAUUCCCACCUCAACAACAAGAGAGUAAAAUUGAUAAAGAAUUGGCUUCUGGUGAAUACUUCCUCAAUAAAGAACAAAAACAAGUUAGGAAACAAAAAGAGAAAGAUGAAAAACAUGCAGAGGCAGCAAAACAAAGGGAAGAAAAGAGGAAUAAAGCUUUUAUUCCACCUGACGAACCAAGCACCUCCAAGGUCAAGUCUAGUGUUGUUGAUAAAAUUGACAUAGCUUCACUAAAAGAUAAGAUUUCGAAAGCUAGGAAGGGAUCUAAAAUAUUUAAUAAGAAAAAUAAUUAAAGGAAAAUA